CUGGCGAGGUGUGGGCGAAGCGCGAGCUAAGCGACUCGAAUGCCAACCAGACUUCAGUAUUGUCCAGGCCAGGCAGGCAACAAAGGCCUCGGGAUUGUCGUAUCGUGGGCUAGUGAACAAGCCCACGGUCCUGGGAACCUGAAGUCCUAGAACCACAAUUCCUUUUUCCAAAGCCUUGAGACUGGUCGCACUUCAGUCCAUAAAUUACAUAAAUAAAAUUACAGUGCGUAUACAUUCGCGUGGGUAGUUCACUCGGCCCAAUCAGAACAGCUGUCAAGAUCUAAAAACGCUCAUCAAGAGUUAUAACAGAGCUCCGAAGAGUUGACUGACCUGGUACAAGAAACUGCUUCGAACCUUAUAAUGUUCAAACAUAACACCGGCAGAGGCAAACAUUAAGAAGAAAGUAAAGAAAUGUGAUGUGAUUUUUGACUGAAUAUAUUCUGUGAGUGGAUGCAAGAAAUAAUUGUUUUCACAAUGAUGUUGAUACUGCUGCGUUGAGUCAGAUUGACUACAUCCAGGAUAAGUGCUGCGAAAUGAAGAGAAUGCGUCAGAGCUUCUGCAAAUACAUCAACGAUUAAGAAUGUGACUUUGCGAGUAUAGUGGAUUUCAAUAUGUGUUUGUCUGAUUUUUAGAUUUCAGUUGUCUGCGUUAGUUGGAUUUUAAAUAACUUUAAGAAGACCUCAGUGUGUUGGUACCUCUAAUUAUUUCGGAAUUAUUGACGUAACGGCAUGUAAAUUCCGCCGGCUAUGAAUGGACUGGUUACUGUGAGAGUUUUAAAAUCGUUUCGGAGAAUGUUUAAUUGUGCGCAUGAGUUUUUUACGGAUUGUGAGUGGGAAAAAGGGAAGCAGUCUGGAAAUUGGUCAUGAAAAGGAAAGAUACCUAACAAGUAUUAAAUUUUAGCCAACUGCAAAAUUCUGCCAUUCACCUAUAUUUAUUGGAAAAAAUAAUAUUUCCUCUCAUACCGGAAGUACGCCGAAUGAAUUGAAAUACGAAUAAGUGAUUCAUGCCCUAGGAUUAGGCAAUAUCGGACAGCAAUUUACAAAACCUGCCAUCAGUUCUUCAUUCAUAGAAUGUUUGAAUGUCGGCGACUGUGUGGCUAAAAUCAUGUGUAUUAAUCAAGAUGAAACGCCGAAUCUAAAAUCCUGGAAAACCGGAAAUUAAAAUGGAGGUGAAACCAGUGCCAAAACCAAGGUCGAUCAUCUCAGAUCGACCAACUCCAGUCCCAGCACCCAGAACUUUACAAGUCCCAUCUCUCCCAAUUCGAUCCACAAGUCCCAGUGAAUCGAGUCAAUCGGGAAAGAGCGAUGAGACGAAAUCUCUUCCAGAAUCAAAAGGCUUAAAGUCAGAAUUCUUCAGGAGCUUGAGUACAGGUUCAAAACAAUUCAAGGACGAAAUUUCAGAAAAGAUGACAGUGAAGGGUCGGGCUGUGAUUUCCAGUACUCGAAAUGCAAGUAUUCGAUUGGAAAAAUCAGUGAAAAAUCUUAUAACUCGUCGCUUGACUUCCUUGAAUCAGGAUGAUCUUCAGGAUACUGAAACGAAGGUCAAGGAUCCAAUUGAAGAAGAUCGUUGUAUGUCUCUUCCAGCUAAUGACAUCUUCAGCACAAUUUCUUUUUACAGUCCUUUGAGGAGUAAUUUGAAAAGUGUAAAAAAUGAAGAGGACCUCACUGGCGCGAGAUACAGUCCUCCACCUCCUGUUUAUCCUCCUCCUCCCCUCCCUAAUGAGUCAAUUUAUGACGAGCUGCAGUCUGUCACUUCCGGUAACAGUAGUAGAUACGACACUUUGAGUUCGACUUUCUCUGAACGAGCUGAACGAGAUUUUCCUGAAGCAUUUAAUUUUUUGAACUACGCCCAGAAUCAGGGGAGUGAUUCUGAUCAGAGUUUGAGUAUGUCUGAUAUUCACGGGAGUCAGGAAGUGACAAAGAGGCUAUCGAGGUCGGAUUCGUGGACAUUUUAUGAUGUCUCUGCUGUUGGAAAAGUAGAUAAGAGCGAUGGAGUAGAUGAGCUGGAUAGGAUAUCGAGUGCUGAGGAAGAUGAGAAGGAAGCCCCGAUUAUGGAGCGGAUUUCUUGUAAUUCCAAUGUCAGUCAGAUAUCGCUGCAGAAUUCCUUGUAUGAAAAUUGGCUGUUACAGAAGAGCCCCUCUAAUGAAGAUGAAGGCACAGGAAGAGAACAAAGCAAGUCUGUUUUAUUCGAAUUUGACCCUUUCGCCAAGACUCAAGACAGCGUUUACAGUAAUUACGAGAACAACGAUUUAAUGCUACUCAAAGCCUUUUUAGAAAACAAUGAAUCAACCAGUAGUGAAGAAAGUACGAAUGAUUUAAGAGAAGAAGGGGAACAGUUAGGCGAAGAUCCAGUUGUACAAAAAGAAGUGCCAGCGAACCCUCCAGCUCCUCCGAGAAGAUUCGAUUCCCUGCCGAAACAUGAAUAUGAUGAGGUGGAAAUGGUUGAAGCACCUGAGAAAAUCCUCUCGAAAAAAAGCCCUGCUCUUCUACCAAAACUGGCACACCUGGCUUCCAGGAAACAACCUGCUGUUCCACCCAGGAAACCAACGGUUGCGGAUAAGGAGGAAAAUGUUUCUUCUGGUUCCAAAACAAUCUCAGAUGUUGUAGAGGAAGCAAUCUUAAAUUCUGCGGGUUCAGGCAGUUCCGGUUCUGUGGUCAAGUUCUCGGAGGAGAAGAAAACAAGUGUUAUGCAGAGGUUGAUGAAACCUAACAUGAUGAACUUUGUGAAAAGUGGGAGCAAACUAUUGUCUAGGAAUAAGGAGUCAGUUGAAGUCUCAGUGAAAAGUGUUGAUUCGAAGAAACUAGAGAGGCCGAAAACUUCUUUGGGGAGUCAAAACCCCCCUAGCCAUAGAGGUGUUAUAUACAGAUCUGGGGUUGGCAUGGAGAGGGCCAAGGAUUUGGUUUCAAGAGCUGCUGUUUUGGCUGAUCAGAAACUCUCAUUUUAUAGUGAUAAAAGCAUGUCCAAUUUGAAGGAGGUCAUCAAUCUUGAGUUGGUACAUAGUAUUCAUUUGCUCCAAGAUGUCAAAGUAGUCGAGGGUGAAAAUGUACAUUGCAUCGCAAUUCAUUGUGCGGAGAGGCCCGGUGUCCACGUUUUCUAUGCAAAAGGUAUUACUGAAAGAAGAAUUUGGGCCCAAAGGAUUUUGGAGACUAUAACACAUGUGUUCCCUGUAAAAUACACCUCUCUACUGACUAGGGCAGGCUGGGCCUACUUAAAGGAAGGCGUCACGGGAUCUUGGUUCCCUGCAUGGCUUCUAUUGCAACAAAGAAUUUUGGUUUAUACUCGCACUUUAGACCCUGUUAUUUUGGAAAAAAUUGAUCUCAGAAAAGCACGAUGCAUAGUAUUAAGAGAACAAGAUGGUCCAAAAUCUGGAGUUGGAAAUAUUCCUGUGGUGGUGGUUGAUGCUGGAGGCACUGGAGCACUUCAUUUGGCAGCUCCUUUACCAACGGAAGCUGCAGCUUGGCGGCACGCUUUAUAUCAAGCAGCCACGAAUUGUGGACCAGCUCUGGAUCAACAACAACUUAACCAAGAUAAUGUGCCUGUCAUCCUCGAUAAAUGCAUAAAUUUCAUUUACGCUCACGGAAUCAUGUCCGAGGGAAUUUAUCGUCGCAGUGGAUCAAGUAGUGCGGUUGUGCGAUUACUGGAGGCUUUCAGACGAGAUGCUUGGGCUACCCAAGUCACCAAAGACUGCUACUCUGAACACGAUGUGGCAACCGUUUUGAGGAGAUUUUUAAGAGACUUGCCAGAACCGUUAUUUCCAUCCAAAAUUCAUGAUUCGCUUUGUCGCGUCACGGAACUUGCCAGUGAUGAUGAAAAAGUCACGACUUAUCGAAAACUCCUAUCCAAUCUGGAUCCAGUUGCAAAAUCCACCUUGCACAGAAUCCUCGAGCACCUACACUGCCUCACUCGAAAGAGCUCAAAAAAUUUGAUGACUGUCGACAAUAUUUCAGCAAUUUGGGGUCCAACUUUAAUGCACGCUGGUGGAAGUAGUGCAGAAGAUUGGAAUAAAUCAGAAACGAAAGUUGUCGGAGAUUUAAUUCGUCUUUAUCCAAAAUUGUACAAACUUUCACCUGCUGAUCUUGCGAAGGAGGCCAAAAUUUUAGAAGUACUGGAACGCCAUCAUAUUUCCAAUAAUGGACUUCGAGGUGCUCCUUCUGGAGAUUUGAAGAUAUGGAUUUACCUUUUGUCAAGAGAGGGAGAAUGUGUGAAUGUCACGAUUGGACCCCAGAAAACUGCCUUCGACGUUUGUCGGGAAUUGGGGGAUAAGGCAGGUUAUGCGCCCCAUGAACUCUGUUUAGAAGAAUACAAUUUGUCGGGUUCCCUAGAAAGACCUCUUCAUCAUAGUGAAAAAGUUUUGGAAGCAGUUGCCAGGUGGGGUUAUUGGGACACUGAAGACAGGAAAGACAAUGUCCUCAUUCUCAAAAAGGACAGACUUUACAAGGAUAUUGUUCCUUUAGUAAAACCCCCGAUGACGAUAUCAGGCGAAUUGAAGUUUGCGGACAUGAAAACAAAGAACUUUAAAAGUUAUUUGUUUGAGUUCAGUCAAGCAAAGCUUUGUUGUUAUAAAGAUAAAGUUUGUUCUGUAAAGUUGCACGAGUGGAGAAUAGAGGACAUCGUUUGGUAUGUGGGCCACGAGCCAAAGAGGAAUCCACAGAUGGGAUGGUCCAUCACUUUCAUUAUGAGAAAUAAUAAACCAAAGCGAUGUAAGGAAAAUCCUUAUUUUGGUUACACACUUGCAGGAGCUUCUAAGGACGAACAAUACAGAUGGUUGGCAGCAAUGCUUUUUGGGGAAUAUCAGUGCAAUUUGACCCCCUCUGCUGUGAAUCUGAUGGAUCCUUAAAAAUGCUGUAUUUAAUAUUAGAUUUUUAUAAUAAGGGGCCGUACAAAAGUUACAUGAAGCGCAUACUAACUUUUAUGAAAAAUCAUUUUUUUCGAAAAUAUUAUCUUAUUUUGUGGAGUCCCCUCAAAUAAUUAUGUAAAAAGAAAAUCUAAGACAGAAUCAGAAGUUCGAAUGGGAACAACUUAUAAAUAGUUGUUCUCAGCCCUUGCUUGCCCACGAAGAAGAUUUUGAAAGUAUUCAUUAAUCAAUAUAAAUUUAAUUAAUUUGAUGGGGUCCAAAUAUAUAUAUAUAUAUAGAGGAAAUGAAUGAUUAUUUUCGUUACGUCCUUGAAAAAGAGAUUUUAAAUUUAAAUCAUGUUAUUCAAUAUUUUUCGUGUGAUCUUACGAAUAUUUUGUCGACUGUCCUUCUAUUUUAAAUUUUAAUUAUAUACAAUAUAGGAAUUCCGAGUGCUAAGUAAUAAUGUGUUGCGGAAGGAUACCAAAGAUAACAUUUUUCCGAAAUAAUUCCAAUGUUAUUCUUAAUACAGUAGGAAAAUUGAAGGCACGAAAGUAUUAUAAAUGUGUAGAUUUAUUAGAGUUCACACAAGGUGAAUUCAAAUUGUGUAUAUGUUCUUAUUUUUUCUGAUUUUAAUAUUAUACACUUUUAUUUGUUACAGUUAAUAAAUGUACUUUUAUAUUA